AUGUUUCUUGUUCUUCUCCCCUCGCAGGCUCUUGCAGCUGUUAUGGCCCAGGUCGGUUGGUCGGAAAGCUACGACGAACUUGUCAAAGACAUGAACAGGUUGCUCGUCGGCAGUAAUGGUGAAAUCAACGUUGUCAUUAUCAUCAAAUGGACGAGAUGCAAAUAUCCUCAUGUCAGCGGUGUCGUCGAGCUCUACCGGAAAAAUAACCAAACAGGAAUGCCGGAACUUCAACAGUCAGAGACUAUCUUCCCAUUGCAGGCUGUCACAACUCCGCAACGGCUCGAAAUCCGACGGGGCGACCUGUUUGGCACUGCUCUUCAAUCUGGCCGCAACCCAAACGAUGUUCUCUACCUCGAUAUUGACAAACUACGUUAUAUGGCUAAAGAUAUCCUUCGAUGCUAUGGGGCUGUCACCUGCUGA